AGCACGCCCGAGCCGUCGCGUAGCAACCGCAACAUUGUGGUUCCAAGGAGAAGGCGCCAUCUUGGAUCUCUAAACACAAUAGCAAGAAGUUCUGAACUUAGGGGAGGAUUUUAACAAGAGUUUUUAGCGGCAGGGCUGUUGUAAGCAAGAGGCGCUGCCACUGCAAUCGGUGCAGCGUAGAAUCUUCUCCCCCCGUCUAGCCCGGCACAGACCCAGCCAUGGAGAUUGUGUACGUCUACACCAAGAAGAGGCUCGAGUUCGGCCGGCAGUGUAACUUCUCGGACCGCCCCGCGGAGUUGCACGUUGACCUGGCGCCGGACGACAAGCUCGUCCACGACUUCAUCGAGAAGGACCCAUGUGACUCUGGGAUACAGUGUGCACAGGAGAUGUCUGAACAUGAGGUGAACACAGAACGUUUUGAGUCGGAGAGUCGCGGGGUGAACCAUGUGGAGGGCGGCUGGCCCAAGGACGUGAACCCACAGGAAGUGGAACAGACCAUCCGAUACCGUAAAAAGGUGGAGAAGGAUGAGAUGUAUGUCAACACCAUCCUGCAGCUGGGCAGUGUCAUGGAACACUGCAUCAGGCAAAACAAUGCCAUUGACAUCUACGAGGAAUAUUUUGAUGACACGACACAGGAGUCCGCAGAAGAGCCGUCAUCCGCCAAAACCAUCAACGUCUUCAGAGAUCCCAAUGAGAUCAAGCGCACAGCGACCCAUCUGUCCUGGUACCCAGAUGGUGCUAAGAAGCUGGCGGUGGCCUACUCCAACCUGGAGUUCCAGCGUUCCUCCCCUGACACCAGUCUGGACUCCUAUAUCUGGGAUAUUGAGAACCCCAACAAGCCUGAGAUGACCCUGAAGCCUGUCUCCCCCCUGGUGUGUCUGGAGUACAACCCGAAGGACUCCCACAUCCUCAUGGGGGGCUGCUACAACGGCCAGAUCGCGUACUGGGACACGCGGAAGGGCAGCCAGCCCGUGGAGCUGUCAUUGGUGGAACACUCUCACCGCGACCCCGUGUACAAGGUCAUCUGGUUACAGUCCAAGACUGGCACUGAGUGUUUCACAGCCUCCACUGAUGGACAGGUCCUGUGGUGGGACACUCGUAAGCUGGGUGAGCCCACGGAGAAGCUGAUCUUGGAUCCCACCAAGAAGAUGAACAUUGACAAUGCCCUGGGUGCCAUCUCACUGGAAUAUGAACCCACCAUGCCCACCAAGUUCAUGGUCGGUACAGAGCAAGGGUCGGUGGUGAACUGUAACAGGAAGGCAAAGACUCCGGCAGACAAGAUCGUAGCCCUGUACACUGGUCACCAUGGGCCCAUCUACGCACUACAGAGAAACCCGUUCUUCCCUAAGAACUUCCUGACAGUUGGUGACUGGACUGCAAGGAUCUGGUCUGAGGAUAUCAGAGAAUCAUCUAUCAUGUGGACCAAAUACCACACGUCGUACCUGACUGACGGGUGUUGGAGCCCUGUCCGUCCUGCUGUCUUCUUCACUACCAAGAUGGACGGCACCUUAGAUGUCUGGGACUACCUGUUCAAACAGAAGGACCCCACCCUUAGUCUCCAGGUGUGUGAUGAAGCCCUGCACAGCGUACGUGUCCAGGACAAUGGGCGCUGGCUGGCGUGUGGUUCUCACAGCGGUACAACCACCCUGCUGGAGCUCUCGGACGGACUGUGUGUCAUGCCGCGUAAUGAGAAAGUCCUGGUCACAGCGAUGUUUGAGCGCGAGACCAAGCGUGAGAAGAUCCUGGAGUCCCGGCACAGGGAGAUGAGACUGAAGGAGCGCAGUAAGAGCGAGCAGGGAGGCGGCGGGGACGAUCACGCGGAGCGGGAGGGCGAGGGCGAUGAGCCGGAGGAGGACCUGGUGGCACGGGCUGAGAAGGAAUUCUAUGAAGCAAUUGAGGCGGAGAAGAAGGACAGAGCAGCAAAGGAGGCCAAGAGGAACGAAGCCCUGAAGAAGGAGAAUGAACUACAGGGUGAGGUGAUCAUGGAGGAAGAUGGGGAGGAGAAAGUGAACGGACAUCCGGAGAAGGACGGAGGGACCCCAGAUAAUUCCGCAGAGUGAAGAGACAACACAUGUGGAGGAGCCAAAGCCACCAGUGCUGCUGUGAUCAGCUCAGAAUUGAUCUGAAGACUUAGAUAGAGAAAAGCUAUACACCUGAAUAUACUUGUUUCUGCACCGGUGUUCUAUUAUUUUGUACAUAUUUGCUGAGUUUUUGAAGCUUGGAAGAAACUUGAUAGUUGUACAUCUUUGCAUUGCAUAUACUGCAACUCUAGAGAAUUUAGUCCCUGGGAAAACAAACUGAUUUUGAGAUCUCUUAAGUUUACUUUUCAAAGAAUAUAUGUUACUUAACAGUAAACUGUAUUUGUAUCUGUUCGUCUUACAAUAUGUAUUAGGUUGCAAGCUUUGGUAACCCCCAAAAGCAGCCGGCAGUUUGACUCAAAACUGAAAAGUUUUUGAACAGACUGUAACUACUAUCUCAUCUAGUGACUUCUCUCUAUGUAAGACUACAUUGCAUAUGAAUGUGUAUAUCAUUAGUUUGUCCCAGAGAUAAGUCAUUGGACUUGGUGUAAAAUACAGACAUGGUGUGGUUUGGGGUUUUUACUUCACAAAUCUGUAUAGAAAUUAUUAUGUUUGUGGGUUGAAUUCUGUGGUAUAUGUAUUUUCAAAUACCCUAUUUCUCAUCCUGUUCAAGGCCAAAAUGUCACUGAAUACAUGAUAAAGAGGAAUUCAUAUGUACAUUAAUUCUACAAUUUUUUUGUGGCAGAGAUAUUUUGUGCAAAAAAAGACUAUUCUAUCUGAGGAAUUGUUGUGAGAUUUCAGUUUUGUAUUCAUAUCUGUGAGAUUCUGUGAACAGGGUUGUACAUAAACUGAUUUAAUAAACUGUUCUGAAGAAUCA